AUGUGGAUUUGGGAUACACCCAAAAUGAUCAGCAGCCUGCUACAGGGCAUCAUCUUCGAGGCCAAUUCAUCCCGCGUCCCGUGCUCCGGCUCGGGACCAGACCAGGUGCACGCAGAGCGGCCGUGGUGCCAGAAGAGAGGGGCUGAGGGCUUCCAGCAGGGAAGGGAGAAAGCGCGGUGUUGGGGAGGCGAGGGGUGCGGGCUUGCAGCGGGCUGCGUGGUCGCGGACUUCCAGCCCGCGCCGAGCCGCCGGUCUCGCGGGCCAAGUGGGGAGCGGGCGGCGGGCGGGCAGGUGGCCCCGGGCCGCCGCACCCGCGCCUUGGCUCUGCCCCCAGGAGCCAAGCGAACCGCUGCUCCCUCGUGUGUGAGGGCGGUGAUGUUUUUCCUCCCACCCACUUUCGAGUCCCCCCUCCCCCCUUGCACACACUCUAGCUCUCGCCCCAACCUGCGAAUCCCAGACCUCGGAGGAGCGCCCCGGGGAGCUCGGAGCGGCUGCACGCGUGGACCACGGAGGAGGCCGGUGGCCAGUUUGAGUACACUGGGCCCUGAAAGUUUCAAGCUGCCUUUUGCACUGGCCGGAAUGAGAAAAAAGUGGAAGAUGGGCGGCAUGGGAGGCAUGAGAUACAUCUUCUCCUUGUUGCUGUUCUUUCUUUUCCUAGAAGGAAGCAGAACAGAGCAAGUAAAACAUUCAGAGACAUAUUGUGUGUUUCAAGACAAGAAGUACAGAGUGGGUGAGAGAUGGCAUCCUUACCUGGAACCUUAUGGGUUGGUUUACUGCGUCAACUGUAUCUGCUCUGAGAAUGGGAAUGUGCUUUGCAGCAGAGUCAGAUGUCCAAGCCUUCAUUGCCUGUCUCCUGUGCACGUUCCUCAUCUUUGCUGCCCUCGCUGCCCAGAAGACUCCUUACCCCCAGCGAACAAUAAAAUGACCAGCAAGUCAUGUGAAUACAACGGGACCACUUACCAACAUGGUGAGCUGUUUAUGGCUGAAGGGCUCUUUCAGAACCGGCAACCCAACCAGUGCACCCAGUGCAGCUGCUCGCAGGAGGGCAAUGUGUACUGUGGUCUCAAGACUUGUCCCAAGUUAACCUGUGCUUUCCCAGUCUCUGUUCCAGAUUCCUGCUGCCGGGUGUGCAGAGGGGAUGGAGAAUUGUCAUGGGAACAUUCUGAUGGUGAUAUCUUCAGGCAACCUGCCAACAGAGAAGCA